AUGGAUCCUAAGCCACCUGAUCGCUCCACCUCGCCCACUCUGCCAGCACCACCGCGCAAUCCUCCUCCACCACGCCUGACAAAUGCUUCGAACCAAUCGCCGCUCCAUCCUCACAUGGAUCUUGUGAGGUCCCCGGAGGCGCUCCAGCUCUCGUCACGUGCGGCGCAGAGCUCAGCUCACCAGGAUGAAGAACAGGUGACCACACAAUACAACCUGCUGUUGAAGGUGCCGGACCCCCAGGGGACGGCAAGGGCGAUCCCGAUCCAUGUAGUCAGGCUUGAGCUCCAGAUAGCUUGGGGAGAUAGCUACAAAGCAGUCAACGAGGUACUGACAAAUCUUUUUCUUGCCACCUUUGCCAACCCUGUAAGCAUGAUUUUUGUUGUCAAGAGGCAGCCUUGGAUUGUUCGUCGUCACAAUCUGCUGAUAGAAAUAGUAGAUCCACAGAAAAAUAUUCCUGAUGGUUAUCGCUUUCAGUACAUGUAUGUCACUGUCAAGCUGUUUGGAAAAGCUAGAACUGUAGACAGGAUAAACACCAUACUGCAGGAAAUUGGCGACCAUCGGAUUUGGAUCAACUUAGUUACUCCUCCAUCUUCCAUCCUCCGUGAUGAACUGUUUGAAGCGGCUACAGCAAAAAUAAAUGUCACUAGGAAAGCUACAGACAAGGUGUCUGUUCCAAUCUCGGACACUAGAACUAUUAUAGUUUUCGUUCACUAUACCAAAAUUCAAACAAUCUGCAAUUACUGUGCUGGGUUUUUCCAUAAUGCUGAUGACUGCCAUGCAAGAAAUAGCACUGUCUUGGCUCCUCCAAAUCUUUCUGGAGAACAGAGGCCUUGUUAA